AGAUUAUUAUUUGCCUUAUUAUUUUAUUUAUGUUGUUAUUACACAGGCCCUCCCUAAAACCCUAUAUAUAGAAAUAUUAGAAGAUUAGAAUUGAGGAAUAUGAUUACCGGAUGUGGAUGUUUCACUAACAAAUCUCCACUUUUAUUUCAGACGUCUCUUGCAGGUUUGUUUCCAGCAUCAGUAUGGCAGCCGAAAAUCAGGCUGAGUACCUCUAAAAGGACUUCUUCAUUUCCAUGUUUAAAGUGUGAAAAAAAGGAUAAUGACGACCCUUCUGAACAAUCACCCGAACGUCCUUAUGAUAAACUAUCUGUUGAGCGGGCCCCAUAUCAUAGUUACCGGGACUCAUUAUCUGGUCAAGUUGAGCCGGCUUCUGGUGCUCGAGCAAGUAUUCUUGGGCAGGAUUAUUUACCCGAGGGCACGGUUGGUCAAGCCCGGGCAGCCGGUGUCCCUGCACCAAGUGAUACUUCAUCUGGGUCUUCAUCUUAUGGUAAAAACCCUGGAAGCAGAAGGAAAACGUACAAGGCCCAAGGUGCUGCUACUGAUUCAGUAGAAAUGAAUACAGCUGUCGAACAAGUAGUGGAGAAUGAAAGUUUGUACGAGAGAUCAGAAGAAUUACCAGAUGAGAUUUCCGAUUUCGUUGUUUAUGAAAAUGAUAAAGAGGACUUGACUGAGUAUGAACUUGACAAGAAACUUGGACGUCCUCACCCGUUUAUUGAUCCCAAGGUUAGGAAGCCGAUAAAAGAGCCUCUUACAAGUGAAGAGUUAUGGUGGAAUUGGAGGAAACCUGAUAAAGAACAAUGGUCCAGGUGGCAGAAGAAGCGUCCUGAUGCUGAAACGGUAUUUCUCAAGGCCAUGGCAGAGACUGGUCAAAUCAAGCUUUUUGGUGAACAGCCAACCUUGACAGAAACUGCUCUUUACCGAGCUAGGAAGCAUUUAUAUAAAGAAGAAAGGUUGCAGGCAGAACAUGAUAGAUUGGAAAAAGACGGUCCAAUAGCAUACUACUCGGAAUGGGUUAAAGCAUGGAAAAAAGACACAUCACGCGAAGCUAUUCAGAAACAUUAUGAGGAGACCGGUGAAGAUGAGAACACCCAACUCAUAGAAAUGUUUUCAUGUCAAACUGCUCGAGAAUAUCGCGUAAUGAUGGGUACUGAUCAUCGUAUUUCUAGAGAUCCAUUGGCUAUGCGUAUGAAAGAGGAUCAGAUAAAACAAAUAUGGGGCGGAGAUCCGGUUUACCCAACAGUGAAUUACAUUCAAGACCCAAACCAAGUGAUUGAUUUCAGGGGUCCUGAUUUUCAUGAGCCUACACCUGAUGUUUUAGCUUAUCUGCAACAGAAUGGCAACAUAACAACAAAGGAAGAAAUUGAUAAAAUUUUGGCUGGAGAGAAGGUUGAAAAAGUGAAGGUGAAAUCACAAUUUUCUGAGGAUGAGGCAAUGGCUAAAGCUGUUGACAUUGGUGAAAAGGAGGAUAGCGACGAUGAGGGUAAAUUUGAGGAUGAUGAAAAUAUUACACGCAAUUGGAGUGUCUUAAAAAGUACUCCUGAACUUCGGAAAUCAAAGGCCAAACCUACAAAAGGUAAAGGUAAGAUGACUUUGGAAGAAGCUAUAGCUGAUUCUGAAAACUUAACCGACUUCAUGUUGGACUUCGACAAGGAUAAGUGAUCUGGAAAGCUAUCUUUACAUGAAUGAGAAGAUGCAGAGUCGAAGGACAGAACUAUUUGUAUUAUCUGCAUCUUACUGGCAGAAGAUCUUCAUUGUAUCUUCAAGUUUUGAUUUAGCGAAUCAGCUAUUUUGAGAUCUACUUGUUAUGCUGCAAUCUUUGUAUUAGUCUUCUCAGGGAGCAACGUAGCAAAAGUCAAAUGUGUAGCAGUAAUUUUAGUCAACUAUUGUUGUAGAAAAAAUGAUGUGCUUCUGAAGUAUGCAAAUUAGCCAUCUCUAUAUUCCGUUGAUUCGAAAUAUGUGAAUUAGCCUUUUUUAAUUUAUUUUUAUAUUGGUUUUCAA